AUGAUGGUACGCCACCUGCCAUCUCUGCUCCAAAGGAAGUUUAAAGCCAUUCUUUGUGUUCUCCUCCUUUUGGCUCUCCUGGUACACAUGCUGUUGGAUCUAACACUCUCUGCUGGCCAUGAUUCUUGUGGAUGUACCCAAAAAACAGCAGAUCUGUUGGCCUUCCCACCACCCAGUCCCAUAUUAUCAGCCCAAAAUAAGCUGAACCUGAGGAUUCUUCAGGACUUCAGUGGUAGCAACAGCUCCCUGGAGAAAAGAUCUCGCUCACCGGAAGGUGUGCCACAUACAGGCAGCAGGAGUGACAUGCUCUUCCGCAGUCACAGCUUCAAGCAGCAUGAAACAGAAGAAAAACCAACAUGGUCAGGCGGGUCCAAGCUGGCUGCCCUCUUCGAUCAUCCACUGUAUAAGAUUCCAACCUCAAAAGUUAUGAAAAAAGACAAGCUGUUUGUUACCAAACCGAAGGUGAAACUCUUUGUGAAAAGUAGUGCAAGUGAUGAAUGGAUGCGCAGCAGUAAGGCAGAUGUGGCCCUUCCAGUAUAUGAUGCCAACCCUGCUUGGCUCCGGUUUUACACAGGCAUCAAUCGCUAUGAACUGUAUGCGCGCCAUGACCUCAUUCGCCAUGCCUUGAUGGAGGAUUUGGCUUCACUGGAAAUUGUCAGCUCAGUCCAGAAGCCAGGAGGGACCCAACUGAAGCUGAUCAUGACGUUCCCUAACCAUGGACAAGCCCUCUUCAAGCCCAUGAAGCAGGCCCGAGAUCAGGAGACUCCAGCAGAUUUCUUUUACUUCUCAGACUUUGAACGGCACAAUGCAGAAAUAGCAGCCUUUCACUUAGACAGGAUCCUGGAUUUCCGAAGAAUUCCCCCAGUUUCUGGCCGUUUGGUGAAUAUAACCAAAGAAAUCCGUGAUAUUACAACAGACCGAAAACUGUUUAAGACUUUCUUCAUCUCCCCAGCUGGCAAUGUCUGCUUCUAUGGUGAGUGUUCCUACUAUUGCUCCACUGAGCAUGCUUUGUGUGGCAAACCAGACCAGCUUGAGGGCUCAAUGGCAGCCUUCCUGCCUGACAAAGAAGUGGCUGAGCGGCGCUCAUGGAGGAGUCCCUGGAGGCGCUCUUACUCCAAAACCAAGAAAGCUCAGUGGGAGUUGAAUGAUGAUUACUGUGCUGAGGUACGACAGACACCUCCCUACGACAACAUCUCCCGCCUUCUCGGCCUCAUUGAUAUGACUGUGCUGGACUUCCUCAUGGGAAACAUGGAUCGCCACCACUAUGAGACCUUUGAAAAGUUUGGUAAUGACACUUUCUUGCUUCAUCUGGACAACGGCCGAGGGUUUGGGAGACACUCCCAUGAUGAAAUGUCCAUUCUGGCACCUCUCCAGCAAUGCUGCAUUAUUAAAAAAUCAACAUUUUUGCGGCUGCAGCUGCUUGCUAUGGAGCCUUAUCGCUUGAGUGAUGUCAUGCGUGAGUCACUGGCCAAUGAUCGCCUCUCGCCAGUCUUGGCGGAGCCUCACUUGGAAGCGCUGGACCGACGGCUCCGAAAGAUAUUGUCCAUGGUAGAGAACUGUAUGAAGAACGCAGAACACAAAGAAGUACUGGUGAAUGACUUCGAAGGACAGCAGUACACAACCUCAGAGGAGCAAGACAAGAGAAGUGGAGCUGCGUGA